UUCAGAUGACAGACGUCUGUCAAAGAUAGCGAGGCGCUCCGACAACGGUGGAACAGACCUUUAUUCUCUUCACUCUACCUUUCAUCAAAUACACUCUCUGGAAAUGUUAUUUAACCCGACUGGUUUGAACGAAUGUUUACAAGAAUGGGAGGAUCUGGAAAAAGACUAUCAACAAGUUCAGGAGACACAUCGACUUUACAAACACAAGCUGGAGGAGGUUUCGAGACUGCAGGAUAGCUGUUCUUCUUCUAUUGCACGGCAGAGGAAAAAGAUAAAGGAUCUCAAUGAAUCCCUACAGGAAUGCAGAGCGGUAGUGAAUCCAGAAGAUGUAAAUAAAAUAGAUGAGAUCCAAGAUUCUAUAAAGGAAAGAUCAAAUGUCUUCUUUGAGAUGGAGGCCUUCCUGCCAAAGAAAAAUGAGUUAUACCUUAGUCUUGUUCUUGGAAAUGUUAACGUUACACUCCUUAACAAACAGUCCAAGUUUGCCUUUAAGGAUGAGUAUGAGAAGUUCAAACUAUACUUGACUGUGCUGCUCUUGUUGUUCUCAUUCACCUGUCGGUUUUUGGUCACCUACAGGGUCCUAGAUGCACAUUUCAACUUCCUGCUGGUGUGGUAUUACUGUACAUUGACAAUAAGAGAGAGCAUCCUCAUUAAUAAUGGCUCCAAGAUCAAGGGCUGGUGGGUGUUUCAACACUAUGUCUCAACAUUUCUCUCUGGAGUAAUGCUGACCUGGCCAGAUGGUGAACUCUACCAGAUGUUCAGAAAUCAGUUCCUGUCCUACUCCAUGUAUAUAAAUUUUGUUCAGUUUCUCCAGUACUAUUACCAGAGUGGCUGCUUAUAUAGACUCAGAGCUCUUGGAGAAAGACACAACAUGGACCUAACAGUUGAGGGGUUUCAGUCCUGGAUGUGGAGGGGUCUGACCUUUCUACUGCCUUUCCUUUUCUUGGGCCAUUUUUUCCAGCUUUAUAAUGGAAUUACACUCUUCCAAAUGGCCCAGCUUCCAGAAUGGAAAGAGUGGCAGGUUCUCAUGUGCGGCUCUACUUUCCUUGUUUUGUUCAUGGGAAAUUUCUUCACCACCCUUGGUGUUGUUUACCACAAAUACAUGGAUCAGGACAAAGCCAAGGCUUUAUAAAUGACGGGCACAUAGGCACUGCUGUACUCUUUAUUAAAGCAAUUUAUGUUUUAUAUGAAUGUUUUUUUUAUGUUUAAUAUGAAUGUUUGCUUGUGGUUCAACCUGGCUAAGUUAAGAUUUUUGUAAAUGUGUCACAAAGCAUAAGGGAUGAAAUGUCUUUGCCCUAAACCUAAAAUAUUACAUAUUUUGCUUU